UGAAACGCAUCGAAUAUGUGGCGGUGUUUGUUCGCGUGUUACUGAUUUAAUAAACCAAUCAAAUCAGACAAACGCGUGCAUAUUUCGACAAGAAAAUUUAACGAAAAAUAAAUCAAUAGUCACACAGCUUUUGAUCAAUCACAUUCGCAUCCUAUAAAAUUGUGACGCUCUGGCCAAUUCCACAUUCAUUUGUUUUGUUCAUGGUGUAGUGCAGCCAAAACGAGAAUUUUGUGAAAUAUUCGCAUCAAAUCAAUAGAUACUAAUUAAUCAAUUAACGUAUGUAAAGGAAUUAACAAAUGUACUAGUCGUUAUAUUCAUGUUUAUUCAACACGAAACAAAUAUAAAAAAAUACGUUUAAGAAGUGUUAUCUAUUGAAGAAGAAAAUAAAGUGUUAUAUAAACUGCAACGAACCGCAAAUCGUCGAAUUGUUGAUAAUUUUUUUUAUCAAGCAUCCAAUGGAGAUGUGCGUUCGAUGACAGUCGGUGAUAUGUGUGUGUGCUCUAAUUUAAUAAAUAAAUAAAUCAAAAACUUCAUCGGAUCCGGUGGUAUUUCGAAAAGUUUGAAACUUCUUCGUAAUUGCAAUAAUCUAACAACAAACUAUGCAAUUGUUCUAAUAUCUUAAGACUAGAGAAGAAUUUAAACAAGCGAACAGAAAGCAUUGAAUUAACGGCACACAUAAAUUUAUACAUUUUGUGUUCUCCUUUAAUAAAAAAAAUACAAAUUCAAACGAAGAAGAAAAAACGAACUGGAGAAAAUGGAUUCUUCAACGAAUAACAGUAGAAAUGAUGCGAUGGACACCGAAUACGAUCGCGCUGCAUCAGUAUCAACAUCAACGACCUCACCUGCAACAACCGAAACGGCAACCACGAUCAGCACAAUAAUCUUACAAAGUCAUCCAAUACAAAUCGUCGUUGGACUUUUACAGACUAAAAAUAGUAUGUAUGUGAAAGUUGUUGAGAUUACGCCAAAGUUAAAUUUUCUGGGUGCAAAUAUUGAUGAAACGGUUGAAAUGCAACGGGAUCAUGAGAUCGUCCAUCGAAAAUUACAAACGCAACGAACGCCAAUUGAUGAAUUUGUUGUUAAAGCCGAAAAAUUAAUUGCCGAUAAAAAAGCGAAUCCAAAAUUACUGGAAGCAAUGGAACAAUCAUUGAAUAUUGCAUGGCAAGAUUUGUUACGAAUUUUUGAACAGCGUCGUCAUGUAUUGAAUAUAAAUGCAAAUUUUCAUGAGAAAAUUGCCAUUUGUUUGGGUAAAAUGUCAUCACUUGAAGUGGCAUGUCGCGACACAAUGUUACCGAAUGAAAUUGAUGCGAUACAGGAUUUUUUGAAUAAAUUCAAGCAACUGCGUAUCGAUGUGCUGGCAUCGGUGAUGGUAACAUUGAAAGAAGGCAACGAACUAUUAGCAGCGUUAAGAGAAACAGCGAUGGGCGGUCAAUGUGACUCAAGACCAGACAGCAUUAAAGUUGAAAUUAAGAAAUCAAUGGCUUUAGUUGAGUUAUGGCUUGAACAAUUACAUGAUCGACGCAAUGAUUUAGAACAAGCAUGGCAAAGUAGAAAAACACAAUUGGAGCAAUGCUUAGCCUUUGCAAUGCUAAUCCGUGAUAUAAAUGAAUUACAAAAACAAACGCGAAAUUUAAGAGAAAUUUACGACAAUCGCAAGCACCAAUUAGACUCAGAGGUGAGUGCAAGCAAUGCACAUGCUGAGGUAGUCGCUUGGAAGAAUGAAGCGAUCGUAAUACGCGAUCGUGCAUUGAAAAUAACAAGAUCAACUGAAAAACUAUCGAAUGUCUGUCGUUUCGAUAACAAUAGCAAUAAUACGGCGUACAUGUUCCUAAAUGAAUGCACUGAAUUAGUCGAAGAAUUGGAUAAUUAUGAAGAACUAUUAUCGAAGAUUUCAUUGUUCUUUGAAAAAGCCGAAAAAUCAUUAACCUCUCUACGACAAUUGGAGUCUGAAUCAUCGCAUUUGAUCAAAGAGAGAUUGCUUGAAAAAUGUACGUUGACACGCUUGAUAAACGAUACAUCUGCACUUGUUGAAGAGCCACUACGUCUUGGCUACGCUUUAUUAGAUCGCAUUGGACGAUCCAAUCCAGAAGCAUUUGGCGUUGAAAAGACCAUUGUUGAAAUUGAAAAUCGUCGAAUCUAUUUGGAAGAGCUUUAUUCACAAUAUAAUUUAGACUACAUCAAAAUCACUCAAACACUAAAUGAAUUCUACGAAACGUGUAAUAGUAUAUCAGCUUGGCUUGUGUCGGUAAAUAAAGCAUUUCUCAGUUCAAAUAAUUCGAUGGGCAAAACGUUGCAUGACGGUACAUUAUUUCUUCAAUUGAAUCAUCAAAUGUUGUCCGAUUUAGAAAUUAAGGGAACACAAAUUAAUCGCUUGCUAUCAGACACAAGCCAAAUCCUUGAAGCAAUCGAUAAAGAUGAACGCGAUGAGGUGGAUAAAAGAGUUCAGGCGUUACGCGAUUCAUGGGAUGUUAUCAAAACGAUUGUCGAAAAUCGUGUUGAUCUUUCAACGAAUUUCAUAAAAUUCUUGCAAUUGGCUGAAAAGCUGGCCGAAAUGUUCAAAUGUGUUGAGCAAAUUUUACAAUCGUCACCCGAACAAUCAAAGCUGAGCCAAAUGGAUGAACUUUGGGCCAAAAUCUGCACCGCGUACACACAAUUAAAAGAGGAUGGAAACAGUUUCGUUGAACAUAUUUCAAUGGUUGUCGACGACACUCUUGAGAGGCAAACGACACGUAAGUGCGUUGAACAGAUUUUGACGGAUUUCAGUUUGCGGCAACUCGGUAUUACUGAAAGUUGGGAAAAGUGGACCACAAUAAUACGCGAACGACGGGAAAUUGAGGAAAUUCUACAGAAAAUUAUGUCCAAAAAUGAACUGUCUUUAAUUUCCGCAUCGAAGUUAGAUGCACAACUGUAUCCAAUUUUAAUCAAACAAACCACGGAUUUGACCACACUCAAAUCAUUUUUACACGAUAAAUUACAUUUAUUUUUGGCCGAUAUAGAGAAGGCACAGAUCGAAAUAACUCAUCAUAUUCAAACGACGGCAGCAUUACAACCGAAGGAUGACAAGACCAUUGACAAAGUGACACAAGUGUUGAGAAAUCUAAAUGCAAUUGUCAAUAAGUUGGCAUCCAUAAAAAAUGAUUUUCAAAAUUUAAUCGAUGGAAUUGUCGAUUUUAUUGAAAGUUUAAUUACAGCAAAGAACUCACUUGAAUUGUACUUCAAACAAGCAUCGCUGGCCUCCGAUUCAAAAAAUAUCGACACAAAGAUUACCGAAAAUGAGCAAUUUUCCAAUAAGUUUCAAAGCGAAUUGCGAAUUUUAUUCGAGCAGAGAGAUCGACUUAUUGCACAAAUCAACAAACAAGAGCCAUUCGAAACCAAAGACCAUGAUAUAAACGUUGUAAACUCAUUGUUGGACAUUGUGAAAGACGAAUUUGACACGAAAAACUCGGCAUUAAUCGAGAAUCUAAGGAGCGAAGGAGACGUUGAACGAUUCAAAACAAAUUUCAAAUCAAUUUUUGAAGAAAUUGAUCGUCUGAAAAACCAGCUAAACAAUUCAGAGGAACAACUUAAACAGACUUUAUUAACUUCCAAUACGAAUUACAUUAGCUACAAAAGUUACGAACAAGUUAUUCAGGUUCUAGAUCAACGAAUUGAUAAAUUCAUCAACACAUCUGAAAAUGUGUGCAAUAACAACAGCAACGCAAAACCAUUUAUACAAAAUUCAAUAAGUGAAUUGAAACGUUAUUGGAACGAUCUUAAGCGACAAGCUAACGAACUAGAGCGAAAUAUUGAAAAUAUGAAACAAUAUUUUACAGUGAACGAACAAAUCGAUUGUCUACAUCGAGAGCAUAGGGAAUAUUUGCAAACAAUCAUCAAUGCAACGGUAUUUGCGAAAAGUUCAAAUGAAACAAAUGAAUUGAUCAAUAAAAUUGAUCGAUAUAUUUCGGAUCAUGAGUCACGGCAACUUGAGUUGCUAAAAGAUUUGGCAACGCUCUCCAAAAUGGUUUAUGGUUUCGAUAAGACUAUUGAAAAGUACAGCGAAAAUAUUGAAUUAUUUCAAUCAUUUUUCUCGACGAAAAAUCAAUUGAAUUCCUUGGGCGAACAAUUAGUGGAGGAGGAACGAUUAAAAGUGGCAGCCGCCGAGGAGUAUCGACGAAAUCAAGAGAUUCAAAAGCAACAACAACAACAACAACAACAAAUCAAACCAAUUGAAACCUCUGAUGAAGUGGUAGAUUUUGUUUCAAAGCAACUGCAUCAAACGCUACAGCAGCAGCAGCACCAGCAACAAUUGCUGGACGUAAAAGUGACUGAAACACGACAAGUGCUUUUGUUAGAGGAGGCACCACGUUUUAUUCGUCACCUUUGUGAUGUUACCGUUCAGGAAGGUGAACGGUGUCAUUUUAUGUGUCAACUACAAAAAUUUAGUCCAUCAACAAUUAUUGAGUGGUUUAAAGAUGGUGAUCCAAUUACAAAUCAAUCAAACUAUGUGAUUCGUAAUGAAAACGGCCUUUGCACUUUAGCCAUUGAGCGAACUGUUGGUGGUGAUUCGGCAAUAUUCAGUUGUCGUGCCAAAAAUCAUAUGGGAUCGCAUGAAACAACGGCCAAACUAAUUAUUCAACCAAAUGAACAAGUUGAAAUGCUUUAUCCACCGAAUUUUGUGAAUCCGUUAACAAAUUGCAAAACAUCAGCGGGUUCAUCGUUGAUGUGGCGUUGUUUUGUCGGUGGCACACCAUUGCCAACUGUCCAAUGGUUUAAAAAUGACAUAUGCAUCGAUGUAUCGCCACGAUAUAAUAUUUCUUAUAAUAACGGCGAAGCGAUUUUACGCAUCGACGAUUUAACGAUUGAUGAUGCUGGCACAUACACAGCGAUUGCUAAGAAUAUUUUAGGCGUCGAUCAAUGUUCGGCCAUACUUACUGUUACCACUGAUUCAGUCGUUAAAAACGCUGAAUCCGACAGUAUAUUGCAAUCGCAUCAACAACAGAUUCACCAUGUUAGACCCGAAUUUCGGACGCCGUUGAGAAAUUUAACGGCUUCCGUUGGUCAACCGAUUGUAAUGGAGUGUGAAUUAGUUGGAGAACCAAAGCCGAACAUUUACUGGAAAUUUAAUGGCAAACCGCUUCUAAUAAGUGAUCGAAUGAAAUUGCAGCACGACUUCGAUCGAGUCAAGUUGUUAAUAAGCGAAGCUCAAUCAAAAGACGUUGGAACUUAUACACUGUGUGCUAAGAAUAUUGCAGGCAUUGCGUAUACAUCGUGUGACGUACAUUUAGAAAUGACCAUGGAAACGGAAACAUUAAAAAAACCAACGGUAUUGCUUCCAUUGAAGGAUGUGCGUGCCAUUGAAGGAAAAUCAGUGCAAUUGCAAUGUGAAAUUAGUGGCUUACCCGAACCUGAAGUGAUUUGGUAUCACGAAAAUAAACCGGUAAAAGAAUCAUCGGAUGUGCAACUCCUAUUUCGCGGUGAUCGUUGUUCAUUGUUCAUCCAAGAGGCAUAUCUUGAAGAUAUGGGUGUGUACAAAGUAGUUGCUAUCAAUUCGGCUGGUGAAGCAUCUAGCACGUGUAAAUUAACAAUUGAAUCUCUAAAUGAAACCGAUCCAGCCAAACGAAGUGCAGCAAAUGCAAUCACCAACAUAUGCGAUGGAUUUGCACCACGAUUCGAGCACCUUUUGUGUGACAUUUUAGCAAACGAAGGUGAAACAAUUCAUUUGGAGUGCAUGGUGGUUGGCCAACCGAAACCGACAAUCAAAUGGUUUCUGAGCAACAAUGAAAUUAUUGAAACUGAUCGAAUUCAAUUCGCAUACAGUCCGGACGAUGGAAAAGCAAAACUAAUUUUGAAAAAUGUUUCAAUCGAUGACAAAGGAGUGUAUACUGUACAAGCAAUAAAUUCACUUGGUGAAGCGAAAUGUUUUUCACAUUUAAUUGUAAAAUCGAUAAAUACGUCCGAAUCGUUGCUAGAUAAACAAGUCAAAAGUGAAGAAUUACAUCAUUUUCUUGAUUUUAAGGAGAAAUUCACCGAUAAACACGCAUCCAUUGGUGACUCAGUCAAAUUUGAAUGUAUCGUUGCUGGGAAACCAAAACCGAAAAUUCGUUGGUUGUUUAACGAUAGGCCCGUUCAAGGUUCAAACUUUUUACCAUCAACCAGUGGUGAUCGACAGGUAUUGACAAUUCCAGCGAUCAGCAAUGAAACAAUUGGAAAGAUUUCAUGCGCAGCAGAAAAUGAUUUCCAUAGAGAAAUGUGCUCAGCUUAUUUGACCUUAGUUCCAGAUUCGACGCCACUAUCAACUAAGCUAACGCCAUUGUCAUCACAACAAACUGAACUCUAUACACAGGAAUACGAUACAAGCUGUUCAAAUGUUACCAUAAAGAAACAAUCAACAAUAUCGACACAUACGUCACAAAUUACAUCGUUUCAAAAUGGUGCGCCAACAGUGACGAUAACUGCCGAUGCAUCAAUCGGGCAGAUUGAAAAGCCAAUCAAUAUUGAUGCUAAUGGAAUUACCGAACUGAAGAAAAGUACCAUCUCACAAACAAAAUUGGUUCAACCUGGCGAAAAUCUAUUCCCAAAAACCGCAAAAAGAGAAACAGCCCCAAGAUUUAUUUCACCAUUCAUCGGUAAAAUUAUAGAACAAGGUUGCAAUAUGAUAUUGGAGGCGGUUAUUGACGGUUUCCCAGCACCAAACAUUGAAUUGACCAAAAAUGGAGUUCCACUUUGUGAAAAAGAAAAUGUCACCAUUUCCUGCAAAAAUAAUCGCAUAAUAAUUACACUACAAAAUGUUACCACCGCUGAUGCAGGCCGAUAUUCUUGCAGUCUUACUAAUCCUAUUGGAAACGCACUUAACACAGCCGAUGUUGUUGUAAAAAAAACUAUUUUUCCACCGGUUUUCGGACAUCGAUUGCAAGCAAAAGUGGCCAAAAAUGGAGACCGUGUACUAAUGGAUAUAGAAGUGUCUGGUACACCACAACCAAAUAUUACAUGGUAUAAGGAUGGUAAACCAUUAGACGACGCCAAUAUUUCGGCACACAAAAUUAUUUCAAGCGGAAAUUGUCAUACACUUAUCUUUGAGAAAGUGUGUAAACAAGAUUCCGGUACAUACAUGUGUAAAGCUGUAAAUGAUGCUGGAGAAACACAAAGCAUUGCUGAUUUUAUAAUUUUAGAACCGACACCCGAACAAAUGACUGACAUUGUAAAAACAGUUGCUGUCGAGAAUGUUGAUGAACACAGAGCGGCAAAUGAAAUAAAUACGCCCACCAUUUUACCCAAAUCAUAUCAUUCCUCGCAAACUGACUCCAUUACACAGUCCAACACGCAUGGAUCCAGCGAACAAACCAUUCACACUCAAACAUGUCGAAUAACUGAAACAACAAUGCGAAUGGAACAUAAAUCACCACUUCCCGACAUUGAAUUUAAUCCAUCACCACGACCAUCACCAAGACCAUUUGAAUCAAAAGAAAUAUUUGACAGUCAAAUCAAACCCCCCACCGAUGUAGUAUCCAUACCACAAAAACAAUUUGGUCACACUGAACAAGAUCAUUCGGUUGCCACUAAAACAUUUGAAAAUAUCCGAUACACAACAUUAGAAAAGGAUGCGUCAACUAAAAUACCAGUCAUUCGAAGUGAAAACAAUUUUGUUGAAGAAAAGCCUGAAGCUCAAUCGAAAUAUUCUAGUGUAUCACAGCGUAUUAAAACACUCGAACAAUGCAAGCAAGAACAACCAGUUUUUAAAUCGAUCCCUGUAUGGAAUACAUCGAAUGAGACUUCAAUUGAUCAAUACCAUAUGGAAAAAGAAACGUCUAUACCAUCGUAUCAAUUAAAUGGAACUUGUACACCAAACUCAAUCAAAGACACUCUGGACAAAAUUUCGAAUAAAAUGUAUGAAUAUGAACAGAGCCGCAUGUCCAACGGUUAUGACUUGAAAGCUCCAGCUUUAGUUAAACAUGUUACACCAAGUGUGAAUGGAUAUCAAAAGUUCAAGGAUAUUUCUGUACAAGAACAACCGUUAAAUUUACAACGUGGCGAGGAGCCGGAAUUUUGUUUUGCGCCACGUUUAACAACCGAAAGAAAACCAUCAAUUGUCGAACGAAUGGAAAAGAGUUUGGAACGGGAAUUGGAAAAAGGACCAUCAAAAGUGGUACCACAUUCAGUUCGAAUUAUACCACCAUCAUUGCAUACGGUUUCAAGUGAAUCGUUUGAAUCGUCUAAGCAUAGCAUCAUGAAACAAACGUCACAACCGGAAAUGAUCGAACAAAAUAAAGAUUUUAAUCAGAUCAAACACACUUUCCAUGAACAUAAUAAACCUUUACAAAGAAAUACUUUUGACCAAGUUCCUUCACCAACACAAGCUCCUAAAAAGAAUCAAUUCAAUACGUCAGUUUGUUCGAAUGUUUCAUUUACAACCAUGGAGAAUCAAGUGAAUGAUGAGUACCGAUCAAGUUCGGUUAGAUUCAAAGAAAGUGAUUCGGGAAGAGAUUCAAAUCAAAAAAUUCAUCCAUUGUGGCGGCCUGGCUGUGAAUCUGACGCUGAAUCACCACGAUAUCGAUCAAUUAAACCAAUUCUAACACCAACAAUGGGUCGAUCAUCGGUGGGUCCGUCUCCUAUAUCACCAAGUGCUUUUGAAAAGCCACAACGAUUUACGUCGACCAGUGAACAAUUUACACGUGAUGUUCAGGUGUUGAAACCGAAACCAGUUUCCGCUCGUUAUCAAUCGAAACCAUUUGCAUCGGAUUUAGUAAAAUCAACACAAUUUUAUACAGCCACAACCGGAACACCAUAUCACAACCAAAAGAAUGUUGCUGCAGAAAGUAGUAGUACGAUGGAAAUACGAGAAGCCACCGAAAGUACUCAACGUAUCGUGAAUAUGUCUUCGACCAGAAAAAUUAUUACAUAUGAUCAACAACAACAACAACAGCAGCAGCAGCAUUCACAAAGCACUGUUGAAAAAUCGUUUGAACCAUUUCCAUUCACAGUUUCGCCAACUCCGAGCCGACAAAAAUACCGCCCACCACCAACUCCAACAAAAUUCGUUCCCGGCGAAUUUCGUGAGAGUGACUAUGACAGUGAAAUUGAGUCGAUGAAAAUCCGACCAUUAUGGACACCGAAUCCAAUCGAACUGGAAAAUUUGCACUAUCGACAUGUUUCACCUCCAACACCCGGUCGAUCUUCUAGCGUUCCGAAACAUUAUUUUGAACGAAUUUUAACACCAAUGGAAUUUGACGUAAACACUGUUGAAAUGCCCAGUCAAAUUAAAAUUCAUCCAUCAAGCCCGAAUUAUUCAAGUCAACAACAAAAUCAAUUUAAAACGCAAACAUUGGAUCGAUUCCGUUCGAAAAAGAAAAGUAGCACGAAUCUUGGAACAUCUAGUCAGGAUGAUAUCAACAUUACACAUUCAACGCCAAAAUAUAGUCGCAUGCGAUCACCGUCUCAAUCAUACCAUGAAGAAUGUAGAGCAUCUCAAUACGGUACGAAAUGUGUAGAUGAAGAUACAGGUCUAAUUUACUUUAAAUAUGACUUUGGCUACGAGUUCGGCAUCCUAUUUCCGGGUGAAGGUAGAAAAUAUAUUGGCGGCGGUAACAGUAAAUAUUCUCAGCCAAUUGCCAAACAAUUUUUACAUAAUUCAGCUGGAGCGAUCGAUAUACCAGUUACACAUGAAAAUACCAUCAAAUAUAAUAUGUGGAGACAAGGAAAUAAGAAUAAUAUUCAAGAUAUCAUGCGAACAAAGAAUAGAAGAAAGUUACUUGGCAAAAAUCAACAAACCGUUUCAUUCAAUAUCGAUGAACUUCAUUCGCCGGGGAUAAAACACCAUUUACCGCGAAAAGAAAUGGUGAAAGAACAACGAGUUUAUACACCGAUUGAGACGAAUUACACGAUAGUGGGUGCAUCACAGCACGAUCAAGUGAAAUUACCAAAAUAUGCGCCUUUAUUUGUGGCGCCUCUAAGAAAUAUAGCUGUGCUCAGUGGACAUACAGCAAGAUUUGAAUGUAUUGUACAGUGCGAACCCCCUCAUCCAUGCGUGGAAUGGUAUCGUAACGAUGUUCCCAUCCAAAAUGGCAAAUAUUUUAUUGAAUUUCGAAAUGGUGUUUGUCGCCUAACCAUUCCCGAAACGGUUCCGAGUGAUUCCGGUCUAUACCAAGCAAAAGCAACAAAUGCAGUGGGAUCUGUAGUGACCUCAGCUGAACUUCUUGUCAACAACGAAAUUUGGGGAAUCCGAAAAUAGAUUCAUAGUCAUUCGUUCGCUUGUUCAUCAAAUCGAAUCGAAAUGAUAGUUCACAUAUUUUCUACUUCCCAUUUAUAACAGAUGCAACGAUCCAUGUGGAAUAAUUUGCUUAAAAUUAAUUUUAAGAACAAAAUAUAUUAAACAAUGGACGAAAUGUAGAACUAGUGACAGAUUUUUUUUAGAUUUUAGUUUAAACGUUAUGUUCGAAAUGUUUGCUAAAUCUUUGACUCGCAUUGCUUUCACUCUUUCUGCUUUCAAUGGUUUUACAUUUUAAUUUGUUAUAAUAAUACAC